CUCAAAGCAGCCAGAGAAGCGAAGCUAGAGGAUCAACAGGAAGGCUAAAAAUGUGCUGCUCUCUGUGCAACACACUCAGACUUGUGGAGAGGGUUUGAAGAAUGGGAAUAACUUUGGUUGCCUCUUGGAUCGAGAGAGUGCAACAUGUGGAUCUACUUCGGGUCGACUUCACUUGUUGAUGCUCUAACCAUGCAGAGGUUUCACUGCGCAGAGCCAAGGGAGGCUAUCUCCAGAGGAUUAUAAGGACCAACGAUGAAAAAAGGUUUCGGGCUUAUAUUGGAGAAACGUCCGCAAAGAUGAACCCUGAAUCUCUCGACUCGUCAAUCCAGGGUGCCCUCUCGGCCCUCUUCCCACCUUUCGAGGCCACAGCACCCAUCGUUCUCAGUCAGUUGUUUCGCACCAUUGAGGAACGUUACCACGGCGACGCGUUACAGUGUCUCCUGGACUUCCUCAUCCCCUCCAAACACCUGCUGGAGAGUGUCCAACAGGCAGCAUGUGCUGGAUACUCAGAUGUGGUUUUCCGCUGUGAAGGCUGGCCUCUGUGUCUCCAUGACAAAACCAUCAUCCAGUUAGCACCUGUGAACCCUUUGCUGCUGCGCCCUGGAGAUUUCUAUCUACAGGUGGAACCUUUCGGGGACCAAGCAGCUCGUGUUGUCCUCAAAAGUCUUCUGCAGGAGGGUUGUCGAGAAGUGGAGGAGACACCCGUCCCCGAGACGUCCUACCCCUGCCUCUUCACUGAGGAGUGGCUGCAGGAGAUCAAUGAAGGGCGCCAGGAGACACCUCUGUCACGCUGCUUGCUCUGUACGGAUCAAGGAGUAAUCAAGGUGCCCUGGGCAAACAUUGCCAUCCCAGAGUUUUUAGACAAGCCCAAGGUCAUGCCUACUUAUCGCGAACCUCCCCCGGAGCCAAAACCAAUCUCAGUUCCCUCCCGAUUUACCUCCUCCACCCUGCCGAUGGGAGCCAUUAUGGUUCCUGCAAAAGACAGGAUGCCAGGGUCUUUGAGGCCUGUUGACUGCUCCUCCAAACUUAUCAAGAUGAAUCAUGAAAGACAAACCUCCAAAUCAUGCUCCAGACCUUUAAUCAAACCUGUGGGUUGGGUUUCUCCCAAUACCUGGGACAGUCGUAACUAUCAAGGGAUUGAGGGUGAUUAUGUGGACCUGGUAGAUAUCGCCACAGGCACAGAGUUUGUGGAUAAACAGAGCAGCAGCCAUUCACAUCCACAAAAUUCUGGUUUGUUCAAACCCGUCAGACCACCGCCGCCUGUACCACUCGGGAAUAACGUCCCCUUCGGACGCAACCUUCAGUACACAGAGGAUCCUCGUACACCGUGCAGCCAGAGAAGGCUGGAGCACGAGCCCACGGAUCAAGAGUUAAAGUGUAGGUACAGAGACUCGUACGUGGCAGCGCUGAGAAACCCAGUUGCUUUUGAGAAGGGCAGUGUAGACCUUUUGGCUGCCCUGGAGGAGGUGGUCCUUUGUGAGGAUCCAGAGUUAAGGGCCAAGGGAGCAUUUGACGCUCAAAGAGACAAACUUGGAAGCUGUUGCAACAACUGUAAUAAACCUGUGAUAAGAAACGAGCUCAGCCAAUAUAAACACUGCUGUGAAGCAACACCGGAAAGCUUUGUAUCUCAUCUCAAAGACCUUCCUACAAGUUCCAAGUCCGAAAACCCAAUGAAGGAAUCCCCAAAGAUUUUGAAAUCAACGCCUGGUUUGAGCCAGAGUCACAAGGUUCAGAUGAAACUUAUUUCCCACCAAUCAGGACAAAAUACUGGCACACAUCCAGGAUCAGAUGGUGACAUCGAACCACCUCAGAAGGUGGAGGUUGUGAAACCAUCAGGGAAACACAAAACUAAGGUGAGGUCUCUGUCCACCGUGUCGGAGACUUCUAAAGGGAGUCCGCUUCUCUACAAAGUCAACAACAGGAGCCACAGUGACAUCUGCCCUGAGACAAUCACCAGCAUGAUGCAGUGUAAGAAAGCCGAUCUUUUGGAACAAGUGACUUUAAAGCUGGAAAGACUCAACUCCCCUAAACAAGAUUCCCAUUUAAGUAGGAGGGAAAUUCCCACCACCGCGGAUGGACAACACUUCAAAGUCCAUAACUUGAAGAUAGAAAAGCCACCUCCUGCACAACUUCAACUUCUAUCAACAACUUCUGACUCUAACCAGCAUCCACAGACCAAGGAAUCACGGUUCAGAGGCAUUGUGGGGAUGCUUGAACUGGGCAUUAUUUGUUUGCCAGGCAGCAGGGACAAGACGGGCAGGGCAGUCGUUGAGGUCAAUGGUGACAAAAAGGGGUGGACAUCCAGUCUGGUGUCAGUCCGUAGUGUCUGUGAACUACUACUCUACUUACACUGCAUACCAAGGAAGGAAGUUCGAGAGCUUGGAAUGACUUUGGUCAUCAAUUCCAGAAAGAAGCCUCCUUCACUUCACCUCUACAAAGCUCUGCUGAUGGCCCAGGAGCAGGCUCUCCAUGCUGUCCACAGUAUCGUGAUGCUGGUGGACAAAGACACUUGUCCACGGCCUGAAAAACAGCCCGGGUUACAGAUGGAUAUUGUGACUUCUAUGAAAGCCCUAAACAAGACAGUUGAAGUUUCCCAGCUGACCUCUGACCUGGGAGGGACCUUUACUUACUGUCAUACCGACUGGCUGCAGUUCCAUCAGAGACUGGUGGCCUUCAUGGCUGAGCUGCGAGGGGCCGACAGCCUUUUUCAGAAGGCCAUCAAUAAAGUUGACUGCAGCAAGACGAUGGACACCGACCAGGAAGUGCAACAAUGCAUCCAGGAACAGAAGGCCUCAAUGAGAGAGGUGCUGGAAGACACUCGACUGGUUACUCUGCAAAGAGAAGGAGGGGCCGCUCUGGCCAGAAUGAGGAGGGAGGAGUUCAGAUUUCCACAGUCUGAGGACUACAGAGAUGCUGUGGAGUCAGUGACUAGUCUGUAUAACGAGGUGGAGGAGAAGCUCCACACUCUGGUGAUGAGAUCAAACGAGUCUCUCCAGCACCUCGAGUUCCUCUUCAGGCUCAGAGAGAUGGAGGCCAAAAUUUGCACGGCUGGUAUGUGGUUUAAUGCAGAAGGCGAACAGAGACUGAAGGACUCUUACACAACAGAGGACACCCUGGUGUGCACAGAAAAGGCCUUGAUGCACUUUGAUGUGUUCCUCACUAAGUCUAAGGACAAACAACAGUACGCUUUGAGCUUAGUGAGGGAUGCAAAAGCAGUCAUUGGCACAAGUGAUACAAGUCCUGCAACAGAAGUCUUUCGUACUCUGGUCAGCACCUUCAAAUCCAACGUGGAUGACUUCACGCUGCGUGCAGAGCAAAGGCACAAAGAACUGGAAACACUAGUGCGUGUGCACCGCUUCUGUGACCAGGCGGCUGCCCUGGCCAAGGAAUGUUUUCAUUUUUUGGAGCAGGUAGAGCAGGGCUGUUACCCAGAUCAGACCCUGAGAACACUCCAGAUGUAUGAAGAAAGAAUAGGUGGCAAAUUCUCCACCACACACUUCCAGGCUCUGAAAGCUGAAACCUGUGCCAUGGGGUCAGGGGCCUCUGGGGUGAUGAGAGUGUGGAAUGCAACCUUGGUCCAGUGCCAACAGGUUGGCCAGCGUCUGAAGGAGCUGCUAAAGAAAGAGAAAGGAGUAGAUAAGAACCAGAUCCAGCAGCUCACAGCUGCAAAUCCUCAAGCGGAGGAUAGAGAAACAGAGAAGGAGGAAAAAAGACGUGAAGUGGUGGAGGACGAAAGCUCACUGACGCAGCAGCAUCCCUCUCAGAAAGAGGUCGUUAAUAUCGAAGAAAGCGAAAGACAAAGGACCACAGAGGCGUGCUCCAACCAUCAAUUAAAGCACAACUCGAAAGAAGAAUCCCAAGGGCAAGAAUUACCUGAAGCCGCAGUUAAAACUGAGCAAAUUGCUCAUUUCUUUCACAAGAACAUUGGUUGUCACCCAGAAACCAGGCAGAGUCCACGAGAGCACCACAGUGAGGGCGAUCUGAGGAGCACGUACUCGUUUGAAGGGGACGGUCAUUGUCCGUUGCACCGGCCUUUGGGUCGGUCCUUGAGCGAGGGCUCCUGCGUGCGCUCUCGUUUGACGUGCACUUCUGGCUUUUCACCUUUGAAUGUACGACAUAAACACUGUCAGAGCAAAACGCAGCCAUUGAAAGAAAAUCUGCAGCCCGUCCAAAAUCCGCCCAUUCCCCAUAGUGGGACCGUACGGUCAGGAAACCUGAGCUGCGAGUCAAAAAGAGACAGCAAAGAAGAGGAGGGUGGAGGAUCCACAGUCCCCACCCAGAGCCCUAAAGAUUUAAGGGCCUCAGAGACAUUACUCACACAGACUGAAAACAAUGGGAGCAAUGUUUUGAAGCUACAGAUGAUCAUGGAGGAGCUGCUGUCCACAGAGAGGCAGUACGUGAAGGCCUUGGGCUAUGUUCGAGAGCACUACUUCUCUGAGCUGGAGAGGCCAGACGUUCCUCAGGACCUCAGGGGCCGGAGGGGGAGCGUCUUCGGCAACUUGGAAAAACUCCACGACUUCCACCACCAUCAUUUCCUCAACGAGUUGGAGAGCUGCGUGGAUGAACCCUUCAGAGUGGGACGAUGUUUCCUAAGACAUAGAGAAAGCUUUGCUUUAUAUGCCCUUUAUAGCAAGAACAAACCCCAGUCUGAUAGUCUUCUGAUCAACCAUGGACAGGCUUUCUUCAAGCAAAAACAACUGAAGCUGGGGGACAAGAUGGACCUGUGCUCGUACCUGCUGAAGCCCGUGCAGCGGAUCAGUAAGUACAGUCUGCUGCUGCAGGACAUGAUGAGGGAGUGCGGCCCGGGACAAACCAGGGAGGUGGCCGAGGUAAAGGCUGCCCUGGAGGUCAUCCACUUCCAGCUCCACCACGGCAACAACCUGCUGGCCAUGGACGCCAUCCACCACUGCGAUGUUAAUCUGAAGGAGCAGGGGCAGCUGAUAUGCCAGGAUGAGUUCUUGGUGACAUUCAGGAAGAAAAAAUGUUUACGCCACAUAUUCCUCUUUCAAGAGCUCAUUCUCUUUAGCAAAACCAGGAAGACGGACGUAGGAAAUGAAACGUAUAUCUACAAACAGUCCUUCAAGACGUCAGAUGUAGGCAUGACCCAAAACAGCGGUGACAGUGGGCUGUGUUUCGAGAUCUGGUUCAGGAAGAGGAAAACGCAGGACACGUACACACUUCAAGCAGCCAGCCGGCAGGUGAAGGAGGCCUGGACCAAGGACCUGGAGCGGAUCCUGUGGGAGCAGGCAGUGCACAACAGAGAGGUCCGAAUGCAAGAGAGAGUGUUCAUGGGUAUUGGAAACAAGCCCUUCAUGGACAUCCAGCCCAGUGAUGCAGCUAUCAAUGACAGAGCUGUCAACUAUGUGCCGACAGGAAGAGAAAACAGGGUACUGCCCUGCAUGGGAUCAAGGGAUUCGAGGGACAGGCUUCCUGAGGGUCGGCCAAAAUCUGUUGGUUCAGGAUGCAGCUCGUCUUCCUCCUCUUCAUCUGGAAGAAGUUCCCUGUCCCCUGUGGGAUACAUGUGUGUGCCGAAGUGCAGGGGGUUAGGAGGGGACCUUGGAGGAUACGUAUCACCUGCUGGAGCUCUGGAAGAGGACGACCUGGACCACGAGAAUGGGAGUCACAACUUAUUGUUGGACAGCUCAGAGUCAUCAGGGGACAGUGUGAGCGGCUUCAGCAGCUCGAGUCACAGCUACCGCUCCACUAUUGGGAGAGAGGUGGAGGACACCACCUUGGUCUCUGUCUCCAUGAUCAGCGUGAAAGAGACAGCGGUCAGGACCGAAGCCUCGGCGGUCUUCCACGAAGCAAAAGCUCCUGCGGGAUCCCCAAGAAAAACCAAACCACCAGUUGCGCCCAAGCCAAAGACGAAAGCCCAACCCCAGGCCAAGGAUCUGCUCUGUGCAGAGGUUCAGAACACUAGUGAAAAAUCCACUGAUGUAUGACCUGAGAUACGCUACAGAAGAUUUGGAGGGGACCCAAGGAAAGAUGAUGAAUCCAGCGUUGAAGAUGAAACCAUUUAAACAGACAUUCUUUCACACCAGCUGUUACUGUAACCAUUACCACUCUGUAAAUACUUUUUUUUUUAAUCUCACAACUAAAACAAUAGAUCAGAAAAAUGUCUGCUAUUUUACCUUACUAACAUCACGUUUUUUAACUGGCAUGGCUUGGCGUAGUGAACUGUAAAUCAGUCUAGUCUCAUGGCUCAUGCACAGGAUCGUAGAGUUGCUGCGGCCUCGAGUCGGUGCUUACAUGCUAUUUAUAAUAUAAAUAAACUAAUCUUUGUGGGUAAAUCGCCCUGGCGAAAUGCUCAGACUUUCAUGUCUGAGAAAAAGCCCCCUUCCUUACCCAAGAGACAAUUUGAUAACAUCUUGUGGAGGGCUGUAAAUAAUUGCAUCACAAAACCAAUAAACGCCAUAAUGUUGUGUGUUAUGUUUGCCUUUUGUGCAGAUUUAUCCUGUUUCCUUGAAAAUAAAACACUUUCAUUCUG